AUGGCUGCGGCCGCGCUCCCGCCCCGUCCGCUGGCGCUGCUCCUGCUGCCGCUGCUGCUGCUGCUGCGCGCCGACCCCGUGCGCGCUGACAGUAAGGUGUUCGGGGACAUGGACCAGGUGCGGAUGACCUCCGAGGGCUCGGACUGCCGCUGCAAGUGCAUCAUGCGGCCGCUGAGCAAGGACGCCUGCAGCCGGGUGCGCAGCGGGCGGGCGCGGGUGGAGGACUUCUACACGGUGGAGACGGUGAGCUCGGGGGCCGACUGCCGCUGCUCCUGCACCGCGCCGCCCUCCUCGCUCAACCCCUGCGAGAACGAGUGGAAGAUGGAGAAACUCAAAAGGCAGGCGCCGGAGCUCCUCAAGCUGCAGUCCAUGGUGGAUCUCCUGGAGGGCACCCUGUACAGCAUGGACCUGAUGAAAGUGCACGCCUAUGUCCACAAGGUGGCCUCGCAGAUGAACACGCUGGAAGAGAGCAUCAAGGCCAACCUGAGCCGGGAGAACGAGGUGGUGAAGGAGAGCAUGCGCCACCUCAGCGAGCAGCUGAGGCACUACGAGAACCACUCGGCCAUCAUGAUGAGCAUUAAGAAGGAGCUGUCCAGUCUGGGCCUCCAGCUGCUGCAGAAGGAUGCGGCCGCCCCUGCCGCCGCCCCAGCCACCGGCCCUGGUAGCAAGGCUCAGGACACAGCUGGAGAGAAAGGCAAGGGCACCAACAAAUACGGCAUCGUACAGAAGAGCUUCGUAGACAGGGGCCUCCCGAAACCUCCUAAGGAGAAGCUGCUGAAGGUGGAGAAGCUAAGGAAGGACAGCAGCAAGAGCAGAGUCCUCCAGCCCACAGCCAAGCCCCGGGCCCUGGCCCAGCAGCAGGCUGUGAUCCGGGGCUUCACCUACUACAAGGCAGGCGGGCAGGAGGUGACGCAGGCAGUGGCUGACAACGCCCUCAAGGGCACUUCCUGGCUGGAGCAAGUACCGCCCAAGGUGGAGGGCAGGCCACCCGAGCCCAACUCUGCGGAGCAGGAUGAGGCCGGGCCCAGGUCCUCAGAGGGAGAAGCCUUGGCCCCCAGCACCACCACCUCAGACCCUGCCUCCACCACCACCACCGCCCCGACUCCCACCACCAGUCCCCUGCCCACCGAGCCACCUUCACGCCCAGAAGUCCCGAGCCCAGGCAGGGAGGUGAGCUGCGAGGGCACCCUCAGGGCCGUGGACCCCCCCGUGAGGCACCACAGCUACGGGCGCCACGAGGGGGCCUGGAUGAAGGACCCUGCUGCCCGGGACGACAGGAUCUACGUCACCAACUACUACUAUGGAAACAGCCUGGUGGAGUUCCGCAACCUGGAGAACUUCAAGCAAGGCCGCUGGAGUAACAUGUACAAGCUGCCGUACAACUGGAUCGGCACGGGCCACGUGGUGUACCAGGGCGCCUUCUACUACAACCGCGCCUUCACCAAGAACAUCAUCAAGUACGACCUGCGGCAGCGCUUCGUGGCCUCCUGGGCACUGCUGCCCGACGUGGUGUACGAGGACACGACACCCUGGAAAUGGCGCGGUCACUCAGACAUCGACUUCGCUGUGGAUGAGAGCGGCCUGUGGGUCAUCUACCCUGCCGUGGAUGACCGUGACGAGGCCCAGCCCGAGGUGAUCGUGCUGAGCCGCCUGGACCCAGGCGACCUCUCCACACACCGAGAAACCACGUGGAAGACACGGCUGCGGCGGAACUCCUACGGGAACUGCUUCCUGGUGUGCGGCAUCCUGUACGCCGUGGACACGUACAACCAGCGCGAAGGCCAGGUGGCCUACGCCUUCGACACGCACACGGGCACCGACGCUCGCCCCCAGCUGCCCUUCCUCAACGAGCACGCCUACACCACCCAGAUCGACUACAACCCCAAGGAGCGGGUGCUCUAUGCCUGGGACAACGGCCACCAGCUCACCUACGCCCUGCACUUCGUGGUCUGA